AUGACUAAUCAGCCCUAUUUUUCAUCCCCCCACCCCCAGGAGUUGGCCAGCCAACCAAAAACGUCUGAUUGUGGCAUUGGCGGUGAGAACAAACAGCCAUGCCUGACGCCGUCAACACCCGGCAGGCUAUCAGUCAGCACGGUCGCGCAAUCACCCAAACCCCCGGCCUCCAUUGUGGCUGUUAAUGCUUCGCGCAUAGCACAGCUGAGGUCGAAUGCCCACGGGAUUGCCGAGGUAUUCCUUGCUACGGAUGAGAUGGCCGAACAGAAUGCCAUCAUUUUGAAGAACCUUGUGGCAUCCACUGCCUUCACAAGUAGGCCGACUGCUACGGUUGAACUUCGCCGAGUUCUCAGUCCGCCAACUCGUGAACUGGGUGUUCAUGACUCAUCACUGGCCUUUCCAUAUUUCCUGGUUGAUCGUGCUAGUGGAGUCGUCAUCAUCAGGAAGAGCUGGGCGGUCCGGAGAAUUAGGAACCGGAGGUGA